GUCCUGCGCUUAAUUUGUGCUGCCUAUGCGCGAGACAAAACAAUAUUAGUUUUGUUAUUGGUUUUUAUAUUUAAAACGUAGAGUUACAGGCAUCUUUUGUUUAAACACUCAACAUUAUACAUUUACUACUACUCUCAGUUUGUUUUUGUAUGAUUAGGAAGAAUCGUCUGCCCGUUUCCCCCCCCCCCCCCUCCCCCCGUGCAUACGACUCGGUAGAAAGUUUCAAAUAUCAUCAGAGUCUGCCGCACAUUCCCAGAAAGCAAUAUUUGAAACUGCUGUGACUUCUUCUGCUUAUAUCCUGCCCUAAUCGAAUUAGGAGCAAAUAGAGGGAAUAUAAACAUGUAUAACGGUAUUGUCUCUUCCACACACGUGAGGUAAGCGAGAAUUUUUCAUGCCAGUGGGAAUAUUCGCAGCUACCAGCUGCUGCUUCCUCACAGUACUUUCUUUCUUUCUUUUUUUUUUUCAAAGGGCUUCGAACGUUAUUAGUAGAGAACCGUACGACCUGUUCGCGGAGUCAGAAACAGAGCUUGAUCAAACGCCGUCGGUUGCGGUAUCAAGUAGCACCAGUUCGACACGCAAGGAGAGCUCAAAUGAAAUCGACGAUAUACUUCACAACGUCAUGCAACAGGUGGACACUGAGAUCCGGCAGUGCGUGGAUCAAGGGAAGCCCCUGACAAGCAUCCUCUGUUCGCCCCCCGGGCGCGCCUGGAGGCACAGGCAGUCCUCCUCCGCCGAGCACGCAGGGUCGGCGGCCGGCGUUGGCAGGCAGCGACCGCGUCAGCUUCCUCGGGGCUGCUCCUCGCGCUGUCCUCCACCGGCGAGCGGCCUGCGCUGGCUGGACACGCCGCACGCGGUGAGCGUGACUCGGGGCAUGCGCGGCACCCAGCAGCUGACGCCCUUCGACGAUGCCCGCGUGCGCCAGGCCUACCACCGGGCGCGCUGGAUGAACCGGGCGCUGCAGUUCCGCAUUGCGCUGGACGUGAACGAUCCCGAAGUGCAACAGUCUCUGCAGGCAGUACAGCCUUUUGACUUCCAGAUGGGCGGCAGAGCACCUCCGGUUCACAUCGCCGGCGUAGAUCCCGACAUCGACGAGGAAGCUGAGCUGCCUGACUUUCCUGAUAUGCAGUAAUGAGCGACGAGCUGUCGCUUGCAUCGUAAGCUAAAAUAUGCGCUGCUAGGUGCACGCACCGAAGAAUGGCACAGUGUUUGCUAGUUAUGCAGUUUGCGUUCCUCUUUUCCUGGUGUGCACCUUUUCCCCCCUCUCUUGUUGUCCUCAAAGUUAAUAAAAUGUGUGUUGAAGAAAACCGAA